UUUCGGCUCCCGUAUCCACAGCUAAAACUUCUCAUGCACGCAUGCGCUGUGAGACAGUUUGAGAAAAUGGCAGACGUCUCUUUGGAUGAAGUGAUACGACAGCGCGGUAUUCAUCUCAAGGCACCAGCUAAACGACCCAUGUUUGGACGGGGAGCAGGAGGCAUCGGCAAGAGCUUUGAUGCCCGGCAGAAGAUUGGAGUUAAUGAUGUCAGACAGCGGCUUGGAGGAGGAGCAGGAGCAGCAGCAGCGUUUCAAGUGAAAGAUGCCAGAGAAAAGCUGGGUCAGAAAGAUGCUCGCUUCAAAAUACGCGGAAGAGGAGGAGGAGCAGGAGCAGCAGGGGGAGUGCAAGAUGCUCGUCAGAUGAUCAACUCCCGUAAACAGGGGCUGAAUCAGUUCAGUGUUCCUGCACAGACCAUUCAAAAGACAGCAGUAACGCACCAGCAACAGAGCCAGACACUCGUGCCACAGAUACAGAUACACACCAACAAUCCUGCCGGUGUGAACACGAGGCACUUUGCCCCUAAUGUACAAGGACUUGGUGUGAGGGGCAACGUAACGCCACAGCUGAGCAAUAAUAAGAGAAUGAUGGAUGCUCGCGAUAGGCUGAGCCUCAAGAGGAGCAUUGGAGGCACACAGACACUAGCAGCUGCUGAAGUACCCCUGAAAAUAACCAAGACCAUCCAGCAACGUCCAGUAGGGAUGUUAAGUGGAAUACGUGCAGCUACACAGCCUGUGUCAAAUGAGCAUGAUGGCAUUCCCAGUAAACAAAUGAAGAUCACUACGGCUAAUAGUAUGCUACAGUCACGGUCCAGUGCAGCGGGCUCUUCAUUCUCCAUGUCAGCCCCAAUAACUAAAGUGGUUAAAAAUGAUGCUUACACGGCCCCACGUCCUCCCGUCCCUGUGGCUCCCACCCGGCCCAGCACCAGCAUGGCUGCUGCUCGGUCCUCACCUGCUGCCUUGCAACCAGUCUCCAGGACUCUCCAGCAGAGCCCAGCAGAAAGCAGCACAACAGCUCCUACUCCCUCACAGCCUGCUUUCAGUCCUCUGGAGGGGACAAAAAUCACAGUGAACAACCUGCAUCCCCGGGUCACUGAGGAAGACAUAGUUGAACUGUUCUGUGUGUGCGGGGCCUUGAAGCGAGCCCGGCUGGUGAAGGUGGGCGUAGCUGAAGUGGUUUUUGUGCGCAAAGACGACGCUGUGAGUGCAUACAGGAAGUACAACAAUCGCUGCCUGGAUGGCCAGCCCAUGAAGUGUAACCUCCAUAUUCAGGGAAAUGUCAUCACGUCUGAUCAGCCCAUUCUAUUGAGGCUCAGUGACACUCCAGGCAUAGGCAGCAGUACAAAGAAAGACGGUCUGCCCCCCUCCUUGUCUCGCCCAGCCGGUCAGCGAGCCUCCUCUCAGCCUACUCCAGAAGUGGACCCCCAGACCAUCCUCAAAGCUCUGUUCAAGUCCACUGCACAGUCCACCUCUACCACUGAGCCGCCCAGCUCACAGGCCACCGCCUUUCGCAUCAAGAUAUAGCUCAUGUCUAGUGUGAAUACACUGUUCAUGAACAUAUUACUGCAUUCUCAGUGUUCACAUACAAACUGUGUUUAUCACCGUGACAGCAGGCAGUCUGCAUUUUCUCAUAUGAAACUCAUUUUUACACAUUUGAUAUACAUGACUUCUUUGAACGUGACAUUCAUGGAUAUGCAUUAUCUUGUUUUUGGUUUUGUGGUAACCGAAUGUCACCAGUUUUUUCCUAAGAUCAACUGAUGGAAAGAAGUUAUGUGAUUUGUUGUUUUAAUCCAAUGUGUUGGGGGAUGCCAAAUGAACCUGGAUGUGUAGGGCUUUCUUCUUUUCUUUUUUGUCAAUUAAACGGCAGCCCAUUUGGAUAUGUUGAGGUUUUUUUUUAAUACUCCAGUUUAACUCUACCUACAACCCAGAGUCCCCAAAAAAAGGAGACUAAUUGACAGACACUGAGCAGCAUUGUCAUUACUAAGAGAUGUGUUAUGUUUAAGGCCCACACGCACACAGGUGUGUUCAGUUUUAUUGUCUGUACCUCUUUUUUUUGUUUGUUUGUUUGUUUUUUUUUAAAGGGAAGUACAGACUGCAGUAGAUAACAUAUCUACCUGAUUAGGCAGGACAGGCAAUUGUCCUCAGCAAAUCCUCACCAGAAGUUUCCAUAACUUUAAUCUGAGAAGAGGUCUUAUGAGUCAAAAUAACUGAAAACACUUGUGUGAGUAAAUCAGGGAUGGACAAACACUAAUAUACCAUUUUAAUCAACCAUUUUUCAAAAACAUAUGUCAUAUGUCAUAUUAUGUUGAUAUUUUAGUUGUUUUCAACAUGCUUGUUUCAUCCAGAUUCUUGUGUGCGCCGUUUGACACUGUUUUUACAUGGUUAUCCAGUUUUGAAGCUGUAUAUGUUUAAUUCUUUCUAGUAUACAUUACAUUCGAUUUAUGUUCAAGGACUGUAAAUUACUUUCGGUUGCUUUCUCCGUAGGUCAGUCAAGAAAAGAUUAGCAAAGUCAGAUCUGUCUGUGAAAUGUCUCCAUUAAAUAUUAAGCUUUGUA